AUGGGUUUUUCUUCCCUGAAGACCUUCGCUGUGCUUCAGCUUUUACUGCUCCUGUUGGGUAGUGUUGCCAAGGCUCACUCACCCGCGCCUUCUCCCAGUCCUUCACCGAGUCAUCCCCCAAGUGACCGUCCAAGCAACCAUCCCCCCAGUAAGCCUGUGGAUAUACAAGGGAUGGUUUACUGUAAGUCAUGCAAGUACUCCGGCCAUGAUAGCCUUUCUGAAGCAACUCCCAUCUCAGGUGCGGUUGUGAAGCUUAAGUGCCACAACACCAAACACGCAAAGAACGUAGUGGCGAAGACGGACGAGGGCGGCUACUUCUACCUACAAGCACCACACACGGUGGCCACUUACGGGGCUUACAAGUGCAAAGUGUCCUUGCUUUCAUCAUCCUCGUCGUCUCCAUGCCAGUUGAAGACUAACAUUAACAACGGCACCACUGGCGACGCCUUGAGAUACGAGGAACAAUCUUCCAAAACCUCCUAUGCCCUCUACACUGUUGGUCCUUUCGCCUUCGAACCUCCCAAGUGUUAG